GACCUGCAGAGUGCCUGUCUGUGCCCUUUCGCCUUUUCGGGAGAUAAAUAAACUUAAUCGUAAAAGAAAGUAAACUUCUUACUCCGUUUCUCGUUCCGUAUUUCUCAUGGUUCUUACUUUUGCUGAAUGUAUUAACUCCGUUAAGCUACUCAAGCUAGCGAGCAUGCUACAGUGACUUCUCCUCCACACGGAAAAGAGGAUGGCUGCUUCUUCUGCAGCUGAAAAAGCAACAUGGCAUAAAGGUGACAGUUGUCUGGCCCCUGACCCGAGUGAUGGCACCCUGCGAGAAGCCACCAUUAAGAGAUUAAUCUCAACAUGUCACAAUAAUGAAAUCACAGCAUGGGUGGUGUUCGCAGACCAUAGUAAAGAUGCAGAAGAGGCGGAGGAAGAAGAAGAGGCUGUACCUGUCUCGAAACUCACAAGACAAGGCUCGAAUCACUUCUCUCAGGAGAAACCUGUGUUUCCCAGCAGCAUCACCGACGCCAGGUUAUGUGUCCCCUUAGAGUUAGGUGGCAUUGACGGGGACAGAGUCCCCUACACCAUCAACAGGUACCUGAGGGACUACCAGAGAGAAGGUAUAAGGUUUAUUUACAACAGCUACAUACGUUCCAGAGGAUGUAUCCUGGGGGACGACAUGGGCCUGGGAAAAACUGUACAGGUCAUUGGUUUCCUUGCUGCUGUGUUGCACAAAACCGGCACAUGGAAGGACAUCGAAAACAACAGGCCUCAGUUUCUGCAGAGUCAGAUGACCUCCAAGCAAAGUAAACCCAACAAAGUGUUCCUAAUUGUGGCCCCACUGUCAGUGCUUUAUAACUGGAAAGAUGAACUGGAGACAUGGGGUCACUUCCAGUCUGUGGUGGUCCACGGGCUGAGGAAAGAGGAGGAGCUUGCUCGCAUCAGGAAGGGACGCAUUGAGAUCGCUCUCACGACCUAUGAGACUCUGCGCCUUUGUCUCGAUCAGUUUAAUAACAUAGACUGGUCUGCUGUGGUUGUGGAUGAGGCCCACAAGAUAAAAAAUCCAAACUCUCAGAUCACUCAGGCCAUGAAGAGUCUAAAUUGUAAGAUCAGAUUUGGCCUCACCGGCACCAUCUUACAGAACAACCUUGAGGAACUGUGGUGUGUCAUGGACUGGGCCAUACCUGGUUGUCUUGGCAACUUAGGACAUUUCAAGAACACGUUUUCAGAUCCGAUUGAGCAAGGGCAGAGGCACAGUGUAACCAAACGGGCCCUAGCUACAGGGAGGAAGACUGUCAAAGCCCUGGUGAGGAAGAUUUCCCACUGGUUCCUCAGAAGAACUAAAGCUCUCAUCAAGGAACAACUACCUAAGAAGGACGACAGGGUGGUGUAUUGCUCUUUAACAGACUUUCAGCAGACAGUUUAUCAGACGGUGCUGGACUCUGAAGACGUGAUGUUAAUGCUGAGGUCUUCAGAGAAAUGUCACUGUCAAAGUGGACGCACCCGGGGAAGCUGCUGCUAUGAAAAAAACUCAGAAGGUGCAAAAAUGAAGACACUGUACUUUAGUUACUUGGCUAUAUUGAGGAAGGUUGCUAACCAUGUAGCACUGCUUCAGUCCACUGCAGGCACCAGCAAGAUACAGGAAAAGUUUGUGGGUCGCAUCUGUGAGAAGGUAUUUCAAAAGUUUCCAGAAUUUGUGCAGAGAUGCAAAGACGAAGCGUUUGAGGCCUUGUCGGACCCGAUGUACAGUGGAAAGAUGAAGGUUUUGCAGAAGCUGCUGAAAUAUUACCUGCAAAAGAGAGAUAAAGUGCUUCUUUUCUCUCUCUCAACGAAGCUGUUAGAUGUGCUGGAGAGCUACUGCAUGGCAGAGGGGCUGGACUACAGCAGGAUGGACGGAACCACCAAAUCCAAGGAGAGAGUCCAGAUUGUCAAAGAGUUCAACAACUCCUCUCACACCAACCUCUGCCUGGUUUCUACCAUGGCUGGUGGUCUUGGUCUUAACUUCGUAGGGGCCAAUGUGGUAGUGCUCUUUGACCCCACAUGGAACCCAGCCAACGACCUCCAAGCUAUUGACAGGGCAUAUCGUAUAGGCCAGUGCAGGGAUGUGACCGUUCUUCGGCUGAUCUCAUUGGGGACGGUAGAGGAGGUUAUAUACCUCAGACAAGUUUACAAACAGCAAUUGCAGAGCUCCGUUGUGGGUAAGGAGAGUGCGCGUCGGUACUUCGAGGCAGUGCAGGGUAAUGCACUCCAUAAGGGGGAGCUGUUUGGGAUCAAAAACCUCUUCAAACUGCAGAACCACGGGACAUGCCUCACCCACAAGAUACUAGAGCGAGAGGGAAAAGUGGAGGCCGGUAUAAUGACCAGCAGCACACACACAGGCGAAGAGAAGGAGGAGGAGGAGGAGGAGACGAAGGGAGUUAGCCAGCUUAAAGAGAUUCCACCUGUCCUGAAUGAACCAGCCAAGGAAAGCAGCGGCGCAUCAAAGGUCCUCAGAGGAGUGCUGGACUUCAGCAGUGGAAGUGAAGAGGAUGAGGAGGAGCAGAGGCUUAAGAGGAAGGUGUCAAACCCCAGUGCAGUAGAUGGCAACACGGGUGGGAAUGCUGCCUCUGGUCCUGGUCGAAUGAGUCUCCUCCAGCACGGUUUCUCCAGGCUCCUUGAAAGGGUCAAAGGAAAACCAGAGUUAGUAGAAGGGGACAGUAGUACAGAUAUCGAAGACGGCCCAUGUGAGGAAGAUGCUCAGGAUCAAAAGAUGGAGGGUACCUCCUCUAGCAUUUGCAAGAACUCCAAUACAGGAAAUGGUGACAGUCUCCUUAAAUUGGGAACAAAAAUCUUGGACAUCUCCAGCAGUUCAGACAGAGAAGACAGGAAGAAUGGAGAUAGGGGGAGACAAGAGAGGGUUUCUCUGUUGAAACAGAGUGAUGACGCUGUAAGAAAGAGACAGGGCUUCAAUAGGGGGACAAAUAAGAAAAUCACAGUGGAGGAGGAAAGUGAUGACAAUUCUUCACCAGACAAAAAGAGACCCAACAAGCUCAAAACUCCAGUUUCAAAGGUGCAACACUUUGAGGGUUACUCAGAUGAAUCUGAAGAUUUUGACUUUAAGGCAAAGGCAACUCCCAAGGACACUGACAGUGGGAGAGGGAAGCUAGAACUCAACAGAAAACGGCAAAGUGCUACUGCGAGGGGCAAAGCCAGAUCCAAAUACACGGAACACAUUGACACAUUCACAUCUUCAGAAGAUGAAUACACACCUGUUAAAAAAGGGAGAUCUAGAGGAUGUCACUCCAGAGUUGAGUUACUAACAGAUCGGCAAAGUGCUGCAACAGUGCACAGGAUGGAGAGACAAGCACGGAUGCCCAGAGCUGUUUCAUUCACAAGUAUGAAAAGUCAGACAUCCCCGGCUUCCAAAGGAAAGGAUAGAAACAUCGACAAUGUGUUAGGGGGUGUGAACGAGGUGGUGUACACCCAUUCUAACCAGCACGUGGUGGGCGGGAGCAAAGCAGAGCAGAGGAUCAGUAGAGCAGCUGUACGAGAUGUGUUUGAGCGCAAGAUGUACUCUCAGCUCCCAGCCAAUGAGCUUCUAUUCUCCCAGGAGAGCCUGUCAGAGAGCCCACCAGACAGUCCGCUUUGCCUACCCUCUACUGUCAGACUGGAGAAGCCAAGCGCGGACCAUCCAGUAACCUUUGCCAAGAAGAGUGUGCACCACACCAGACACACCACCUUCAUCAUUGGGGAGACUCCCCAGGCCAUAUGCAGACAGCAACUGGAAGAAAUGGCAGAAAAAUUUAAAUUCUCCUCGGUUCAUCAGUUUGCAGAGGAGAUUCUGAGAGGAAGCUCAACCCAAAGACUGGUCUGGCUGCAACAAUAUUACACUUCACUGAACCACCCUGACCUGGCCAAAACAGUCACAAACAGCUUCCCAAAGCUUGAUUCAGCACAGAGCUCCUCCUCUUCGACCGCUACCUCCUCAGCAUCCACUAAAACAGCCGCAAAAUCUCGCACACAUGCCAGAACCCCACAAAAGGAUGUUCCAAAAGCCAAGAGAAAGCCUAAAUAUGCUCAAAUGUAUGAACCUGAACCCAACCCUAAGCCUGUAACCCCAAAAAACAAUGUUUCUUUACCACAAAUAAAGCAUAGAAAUCCACAAAAUGAUGUUCUAUCACCCCAGGAAAAGCAAAAGAAUGUCCUAGAACCUCUAAGUGAUGUUCCAAGCCUUGAGUCAGGGGAGCGGGAGGAGACGGUCUGCAGUGCCAGAGGACAUAAGAGGACAAAGAGGGGUAGUGUUUCUAGUUCUGGAGCCGUCAGAGCUGGUGGUGGUCUUGGCUUGGGUCAGGCCAGCAGCAGUGGUCUGGGGUCUGGGGAGGCUGCUGCUUUCAUGGACUGUACAGACAGAGAUAUCCCUUCUUCUCCGUACCUCAGCCAUGGCAAGUCUACCACGUUAUCCAAACCCACAGCACAGGGACAGGAGCGGACCAGUAGAACUUUUCAAGGUCAGAGAGAAUACCCUCAGAACCCUUCUCCUCCUGAGCAGGCCACAUCCACCUCUAGCCAUCAUUCUCUCCUCACUGAUCUGAUAGGAGACACCUCAAUCCUCGACGAUCUGUUCAAACCAAAACCCAAGGGUGCACGGCAGAGGGGCACACCAAAAACACCGCCUGAACUCUCCUCUGUUUCACUAAGCUCACCUCUAACCACACCUUCUCCAUCCCGAAUCACUCCCAAUGCUGAUUCUGGUUCAGGAGGCCCCAUAGACUCUCUGUCCUCUCCAAACAAAUCACCCAAACACAAGGUGGUAUCAAAGAGCAGUCGCAAAGACUUCUGGGACAUCCUGAAUGACGGGAAUGAGGAGAGCAUCAACAGGUUAACAGAUCCAGCAGAAGUGCAGAGGGUUUGCAGCAACACUAACUUUACAGCUAGAGAAAGGUCCACAGAAGAGGAGAGCAAGAGUCUCUGGAAGACUAAUGAUAAGUUCCUCUGGAAGAAAUAAUACACAAAGAGACAAUAGAUAUUCUUUAAAGUUAUUUUUUACUUUUUGCUUUUGCAGUUCUAAGAAAAAGUUGUAUAAAAAACCUGGAUAUUUGAAGCAGGUUUUCCUACCUCAGAUUUUGUCAUUCGAUUUUAUUGUUCCAUUUUUAAAAUGUCAUAAUUUUUAUCUUUCUUUUUUAGAAUGAAUCAUUUGAAAUGAUUAUGUCUUCAUGAAUUAUUGAGUUCCAAGCAUAAUGCUGACUGUUACUUUAAUAAACAGGGUGUUAAUCACUCUGGGAAUGUAAA